AUGAAUAUUAAAAGUCCACAUAGUGAGCUCCAGUCACCAAACGAUCUUCAACCUUGCUCCGAAAAAAUGCCUUACAACAUGAACCCCAGUGAAUUGGUCUCCACUGAGCCAUGUACUGUAAGUCCUCUCUCGUACAACUUACGAAAACCACAUGUAGCUCCUAGUCUCAAAUUUAUUCGUUAUCCAAUUCCUUCAACUGCAGUGAAAAGAAUGACACAUAAUGACAAAAAUUCGGAGCUAUCAACAAACUCUAGUGCUGACUCAACAACGAAGGAAAAACCACCUGUUCAGAAAGAAACCAAGCAAGACAGUUUAUCAGUAACAUACAGAGGUGUCAGAGCAUCUAUAAAACGGGUUAUACAACCCCAUUCCAACUCAAGUACAACAUACAAGGAUAUCAAACAAGCCUUCGAAAAUUUUAAUAAAGCCACUAAACAGUUCAAAACAUAUGAAGCAUUUAGCCAGUCAGUGGAAGAUUUUGCCAGUUUUGACAACAGAAAGAAUUCAGGCGUGUUAAAAAUUGCGGGUGAUGGGAACAUUCAGUAUGCCAUAUCCGUCAUCCGGCCACGUUCUCAUUCAGUUGUUUUACUAAAAAAUCAUGGUUUGCAUGAAGAAGAUAACAGAAGUGGUGAAAUUCAUAGUGUUGUUUACGAACAACAUGAAUUCAAAAGUACCAGUGAUGAUAUCCCCAAUGAACCACAAAGCAGUUCUAAACCUCAAAGUAACAAUGGUGUCGUGGGAACGUACGAACGGCCGAGUUCUUUACAAGAUCAAUUACCGACUCUAAAGAUACCUUCCAAGUUUACACAACAGAAAAACAAUCGGAAAUCGAUAGAAACUGUCUUAUUGAAAGAUGAUUCAGUGACCCAGAAAGUAAACGAAAAUAUUGCUUAUUCCUGUAGUGCUGAUUCAGUUGAAUUAGAUGAAUGUUUUUCAUCUGAUAUUGAUGAAGACGGUACUAUCGUUGAUGACAACAGUGUCAGCAAUGAUGAUCAACAAAUUAACUACCAGUUGGAUGAACAACCUUUAACGUCUCCAAAAAAUAGUAGCUCUAGUAAAUUAGUGGAUGAAAACUCAAGUGGUAACGUAGACUCUCCUAAUCUAGCAAAUAUAAACAAACAGUCGGAUACAAUGUUAACUGACGGUCAGCAAGUUGUAAGCAAGAAAAAUCCUGAUUUAAAUGGUAAACAGGCGAUUACAGAAGUGGCUGUUAAAAAAGAUUUAAAUGAAGAAUUGUGUAUGCAAUCUAAAUUAUGUAAUCUCAAACUUAGUACAUUUUCAACAAAAACAGAGAAACAUUCGACACUACAUGUAGUUGCAUACGACCAGAACACAACUAAAAAAGAUAUCAUAACUACCAGCAAAUUUAAUAUACCAAAGAAUAAUAUGAAUAAACAAAAUGAAAAUUUAUCAAUAUCUUAUUCUACUAAAACUAUUGAACAUAGAAAUAAUUCAGUAGAAAAGAAGAAUUCAAUAAUGUUUGAAUCUAUAGAAUUAAAUCAUUCUAAUGAAAAUCAUUCAUUGAAAUUAGUUAAUACUUCAAAUGAAUCACUAAAAAAUAUUGUUAGUUCAAAAGAAAUAAAAAUAAAAUCUAAAAAUGGGCUUGUGAAUCGAUUGACACAAUUUACUAGAAAAUCUCAUCCAGCUUUGAUUGAUUCAUUAUUUCCAAAUGUUCCACCAGUUUUACGAUUUGUUGAAGAAGGACAAAAAUUGGAACCAUUGCCAUGGGAAUUUCGUCGGCUACUAAAGUGGAGGGCUAGCUCUCUAACCCCUAUUGUAGUCAAGCAAACUUUGCAACGUACUGGGUUUAAAGCUUCAAAAUUAACUAAUGCAUGUGAAGACUUGGAAACAGUUGAAUCAUCUGAUUGGAUAUUUUAUUUCGGGAAACAUAUGCGUCCACAAAUAUUUCGUACAAUUAAAAUGUAUCAAAAGGUAAAUCAUUUGCCCUGUUCAUUUCAACUUGGUCGUAAAGAUCGUUUAUGGCGGAACAUAGUUCAUAUGCAAUUGAAACAUGGAAAAGAACAUUUUAAUUUUAUGCCACAAACUUAUUGUUUACCUGGUGAUUUAGAUGAAUUAAAAAAAGCAUGGGAUGAAGAAGGAGAAAAUCAACGAUGGAUUAUGAAACCGCCAGCUUCAGCUCGCGGAAUCGGUGUUCGACUGGUAACAAAGUGGUCACAAAUACCUAAGAAGCGUCCAGCUCUUAUUCAAAAAUACCUUUCUCGCCCAUAUCUUAUAAAUGAUAGUAAAUUUGAUCUACGCAUUUAUGUGUAUAUCUCAUCAAUUAAUCCCCUAAGAUUGUAUAUACAUGAAGAUGGAUUGGUUAGAUUCGCCUCUCAAAAGUAUUCUAAUGCAAUACGCUCCUUGGGUAAUCGAUAUAUUCACCUAACAAAUUACUCCAUUAAUCGUUUAAAUUCAGAAUAUAUUAGUAACACAAAUGAAUUUGCUACGAAAGGUCAUAAGUGGAGUUUACGAGCAUUCUGGACAUAUUUAAAAGCAAAAGGUAUAUCACCUGCACCUAUUUGGUCAAAUAUUAAAGAUGUUGUUGUAAAAACUAUAAUCAGUACAGAAGCUGCAUUCAAUACUGCUGUGAACAUUUAUUGUAACCAUUCAUUCUCUGUACAUGAAAUAUUUGGUUUCGAUAUUUUUUUAGAUGAAGAUUUACAACCAUGGCUACUUGAAGUGAAUGUUUCACCAAGUAUGCAUUCAGAUUCACCAUUAGAUGCUAAAAUCAAAGGUAGUGUUAUUAAAGAUAUGUUAAAUUUAUCUGGUCUUCGUCUUCCAGAGGCAAUGGAACCACGCUGUCAUACAAUUCCUUCAUCUUUUGCACUUAAAUAUGAAACAAAUACACCUGAUCUAAUAAUGUGCUCAAAUGUAAAUACACAUGAUGUUGAACAUAAUGGUUCAAAUAUGGAAAUUGAAAAUCUUAUUUUAAAAAAUGAUGAUAUUUCCUGUCGACAUAUAAAAAGUGCCAGUUUUGUAGAUAAUUUAAAAACAAAAAAUACUAAAUCUGACCUUCGACGUCCUAAUCCACCUAAUCAUAGAUGGCUACUUGAUGAACGUUUAUUUAUUGAAUCUGUUAGUACAGAUGAAGAAGAGAAAAUGAAAUAUUUUAAAAUACGUGCUAUACAAUAUGGUUUGCCAAGAGUAAAACAGUUUACAGUAAAAAAUUGUAAAACAUUAGUUUCAUGUAAAUCUUCAAUAUUAAAUUCUUCGGAUACAAAUAGUUCUUUACAUUCAUGUAUAACAUCAAGUAAUACAGAUGAGAAAGAAGGAAUCUUAUCACCUCGUACAUCGAUUUAUGAUGCAAGUAAUAACAGACGGCUAUCACUGUCAUCUUCUUCCUCAUCUUCAUUGUCGUCAGUAGAAUCAAGAAAAUCAGCUCAGUUUAUGAGACAAGAGUCUGAUUCGCCUGAUUUCAAAGUAAAUCAUCCUCAUGAGAUGAUCCGAUCCAAGACUAAACUUCAUUCGGCUUCAAAUGGAAAUUUAAAUUCAGUAUCCGGAAAUUCAAAUCUUUCUAAAAAUUCAUAUAAAUCACCGACUAAUUAUAAGAAUUUCAAUAGUUCAAAUCUUUUUAUCACAUCGAAUACACCAUCUCAUGUAAUACUUAAAAAUGCAACCAAUGAAAUUUUAGACUGUCUAACACCAUUCGAUGUACGUAUAUUAAUUUCUAUGGUUGAUGAAUUCGAUAGAGCUGGUGGUUUUCAUUGUGUAUUUCCACCAAAAACGUCUGGUUUAUCCAUUAAAUAUUUAUCAUUUUUCGAAUCACCCAGAUAUACAAAUUUAUUAUGCAUAGCUUAUUUACAAAAAUAUAAUCAAGAUAAAGAAAAAGGUAUUGAGAUGUUACGAAAAAUUUGUGAAAAAAAGAUUCAUUUAAAAUCUUCACUGUUCCAAGAUGAAAUUACUUCUGAACAUCAUUGGAAAACCUAUAAGAAGUAUAAAUCUACUAUUUUAAAAGAAACAAUUAAAAGAAAGACAGAUAUUAUAUCAUCUAAUGAUAAUCUAUUACAGAAUAAAAAAAUAUAA